CUUUUUCCCCUUUGAGAGGAUGUACUACAUGAAAGCACGAGUGUUUGAUGGGUUCCAAUUGCCUAUGUAAAGAGUAUCUUUUGGAUCUUGAUUUGCCUUCUUUCUCCCAAUGAGUGCAUUCAAUCCAAAUGUUAGCACAUCUCUGCGCCCAUUUAAACAGAACUGCUUAGUGACAUCAUAAAGCAACUGCCUUAAGAACUCUCUACUUAGAUGCACUAUUGAAUUGAAUUGCAAAAUAAGAAAAUGCACCAAAACUACUUUUUGGGUCAUUUUCCCUUUGACUAAACUCUAUUCGUCAUCACUUGUCCAUCCAAACACGACCAAACACUAUUUAAAAACCAGCAUUACUAUACACUCCAGCAUGUUUUGCUGAGAGAAUAGAGUUCUUGGUCUCCCUCUACCAUGGUUGUUUCUAAUGACAAAUAGUUGCAGAAUGUGUUGCUGAGCAUUUCAGACAAGAUGUUUUUCAGGCGCCCUUCUAUCAGCAACCCUUAAGCUUUGAUUAUUCCCAGCACCGCUAGGGAGAACAGAAAAUGUUGCAGAAUGGUUGAUGUCAUUUUAGGUUCCACGAAGUAAAUACAUUAUUGAGAUUUGUCAGAUUGUUGUGUUUCAGUUUCAGGUUCUGUUUUGUAGUCUGUGAGGGAGUAAAGGUACGCAAAUGACCCGAUUUCUAAAUGUUUUGGUAAACUAGAUGUUUUUGCUGGUAGCAAAAAAAAAAAAAAAACAACACUUCCUAAACUGUUAAAGAAGUUCAUCAUGCCGCACAUGAAAAUUUUGGUUCUUGAUAUAGGGAAAAGAUAUAAUCUGUCCAUUUAUUUGAAAAAUGAUUUGUUAUGGGCACAAUCACUAAGCAGCUGGUAGAUAGUUAUAUUUGUUGCUUUUCUCAAUGAUAUCCAUUAAAAUGCUGCAGGUUUCUCAUCUGUUUGCUGAAUGGUGUCGGAUUUGUGAACUUCCUGGUAUGAAUGAUGCAUCUUAUGCCCAUUAUAUUUCACAAUUGCAGCAAAGUGGGCUACUUAAAGGUGACGAUAUCACAGAUCGCUUUUUCUGCAUCCUUACGCACACUGUUAUACCUCUUCAGCACCUCGUAAGCUUUGGUCUUAACCUUGUCAGCCGAGCUUUCGAAUUUCAGGCCAAUGCUUUUGCAAAGAAGCUUGGCUAUGUCUCUCCACUUCAAGCAGGCCUAGUGAAAUUGCAGGCCCUUCUUUUGGGGUGAGGAAUAUAUGUUACCUUGUGAAAAAAGCAGAGAAGAAAUGGCGGAGUAGGCUGUUAAAGCAGGAAGGGAAGCCUCCUGUGUUUUUGAAAGUAGACUGGGACAAAUGGGUCGAUGAAGAUGAAGAGCAAGAACACAAAUCUGGAGAUGACAUGGACUUCGGUGGCAUGGAUUUCUCGGUAUGUAGCCAAGUCUGCUUGUGAAAAGCCACAAGAAUGUGCAGUUAUACAAGUGAAGCUUUUGUUUGAUGAGUUUUUCUAAUCCCACAGUCACUUCUAUACAUGGAUGAGUAAGCAGUGCAUCAGGUUUCUCUCCCUAAUUAAAAAUUACAUGAUGCUGUGCAUUAAGUCAUUAGGUGGGCCACACAUGUAUGGUAGAAUUUUUUUGGUAU